CAUGGCUUUCAACGCGUUUAUUUCCAAAAGAUCACGCGUAACUUUUCAUCAUGUCUGAUCCACUGACCAGUAGCAGCGAUGAUGAUCUUGGAUUUGAUAACAGAACAACGACUGUUGAUUUUCAAGAACGAUUGCUAGAUGCCCAAACACAACAAUCCAAUACAAAAGACACAACCAUUCGAUUCGAUGAUCUGUUUCAGAGUCAAGACCCAAAGGAUCUUAGAAAACAACUGGACGAUCUCAAAUCUGAAAUAGAACAAGUAGAGAACCAAGUGGAAGAGAUGGAAGCCAAAUUAGCCCGCUCUAAACAAAGAAGGGAUAGAGAAGCGGGUAUUACCAAUAUGACACCUGAACAGCGGGCAGCUUAUUAUGAAGAAGAACAAAAGCGAAUAGCAGCAAAGAGAAAAAAGAUAGAGGCAGCAAAAGCGAAAAGUGAUAUAGAAGAACGUAUUCAAGAAGUCCUGAAUAGUAGUGAAGACGAAAGCGAUCAUGAAAUACGUACAGGAAAGCGAGGAAGACCAAGGAAGAUAGACAGCACAAACAAGGAGCCUGAAGAAGAAGAAGAUAUGGAUGAAGAAGAAUACCGUAAACCUAAUUGGGAUACUGUAUAUGAAUACAUGUUGCUCUUAAGUGACGCAGCAGAAGAGCCUGAUACUCUGAUUGGCUCAAGUAUAUUGGAAGUCAAUGAAGAAUUGAAGCAGAAAGCAUUUCAACAUCAAGAGGUAUUGAGACAGACAGACUAUUCCUCUAUCAAAUUCACAAGUGCAAAGAACACACUGGAGUUUGAUACAAAAGAUGGAGACAUUCGUCACUGUCAAUUGACGGGUUCUCUGUAUGAUCAAGCAUUCAGUGUUUCUUUUGAUGUGAUUGAGCCUGACAUGAUGAUAGCCAAUUUGGACUUUGAUGUUGGAUUUGAAAUGCAAUUAGAUGUUGGCAGUGUAUUGCAACAAAUCAAAGAAGAGAACAAUAUUAUGGGUUUCUUUAGACUACUUGCUCAUUAUAAAGAACUGGAUCAUCAGCGUCAACUCGUCUUUGAAAGACUCAAUAAGCAUUUCGAAGAUUCAAUGAUCAAUAUUGAAGUAUUGUCGAAUUCGAAACUACAGUUUGAAGGCAGUUUACAAUGCGGUAUUAGCUUAGUGUUUACAUGGAAAAUGGAUGCUUUUGAUGUUGAUUUGGAAGUACUUGAUGCUAAUGUAGAAAAUCAUGUUAAGCCUCUUUUGAGUUUAGAAGCUAUUCCUCAAUCAGAAGCCAUUGGAAAAGAUCAACUUCGCACACUAAACAGACUCAAUGAAGGAUUUAUGUUUAUGCUUAAAGAAAUGGGUGUCUUUCGAGCAGUAGAGAAGGUUGUAAAUAGUAUUCUCUUUUAAAAUACCCUUUGUAUAUGCUACAAUUCUUUUUUUUAUAUUAUUUAGAAAAAAUGAGUAAAUUUAAAGACUUUUAC